CUCCUUUUCUCUGCUCGCAGGCAAACACAAAUUGAUAAAGAUUCUUUGGGAUGUUGAGCGAACUCUUGCCCCCGCCGGCCGCAGCCGAGACGGAGGCAGCAGACGGAAAGGAGGCUGCCAGAGGGGAACGAAGGCUGCGGCACAGACACUGGCAGUGGGCACGACCACAGGUGCGCAGCCUGACACACAUGACAUGACACCCCUUUGCAGUGACACAUGACAUGCAGCUGACUCCCUCCGUUGCGUUAAUUGCAGGUUGAGGGCCUGGGCCCCUCUGCCCGUGGCGGGCACACGGCCACGCUUGUGGGCGGGCGUGUCGUGGUGUUUGGCGGCCACUGUUACGCGGGUCAGGGUGCCGAUGUGGCCAAGAAGAAGCUCAAGGCGCCCCCUGUGGAGUCUGCGAGUGUGGCCAAGAGCAAGGGGUUCGAGUACUUCAACGACGUGCACGUGCUGGACGUCGACGCCAACCAGUGGAUAGUCCCCAGAUGCAGAGGCACGCCGCCACAGUCAAGGUAGGUGAGACAGACAGACAGACAGAGAGAAGGAAGGAAGGACACCGGACAACGAACGUACCCUUUGUGUGUGGCCAUUCAGGUAUGGCCACUCCGCGACUCUUGUCGGCAGCCGCAUCGUCAUUUUCGGCGGCAGGGGGAUCGACGACACCCACUUCAGGGGUGAGAGAGUGAGUGAGUGGAAGGGUACACAAUUAAUCCACCCAGCCACCCAGCCACCCACCGUGCUCGGUGCAUGUAGAUUUGCACGCCCUGGAGACUGUGGGGAGCGGCAAGGAGGCGCAGUCGCCCUCCCUCGACCCCAACACGGGUCUGCCCCUGCCCAUCACCAUCACAUAUACGUGGUAUCAGGGCCCAUGCUCGGGCGGGACGCCGCUCGCGAGAAUGGGACACUCUUGCUCUCUGGUCUGUCGGCACGGCACACCAGACGCCACACGCCACAGAGGCCAAUCAUUGGGAUGGAUGGGAGAAGAGACAGACAGACAGCCUCACCACAUGUUUGGUUGCCCUUCUUGUCGUCGUCAGUUUGGGUCUCGCCUGUUCAUUUUCGGCGGUGUCUGCGGCACCACCUUCUUCGGCGAUCUGCACUGCCUCGACCUCGCUUCGAUGGGUAGGUAGCUAGCUAGACACGCCCGCAUGGCGUGGUCCAAAUGGGGAGAGGGAGGAAGAGACAUAUAUGUAGUUGUCGGGGGGCUGGUGCAGCUUGGAGCAUCCCCGAGACAAUCGGGCCCCGCCCGUCGCCGCGUACAGGUCACGCCGCACUCAUGGUGGGUGAGAAGCUCGUCAUCCACGGCGGGCUGUGUGCGGGAUCGCCGCUCACAUCCAUCAAACGAAUCGCGUGAGUGAGACACACACAACACAACACAACUCACACGCGCAGCGCGGCGCACAUACAUUGACAGACAGACAUGAAUGGGUGCUGGUCUGGUCUUGCUGUGUUGUGUGUAUCUAUCAUGUGCAAUGCAGGUCCUCUGACACGAGCGGCACGUUGCUGUGUGACUGUUACCUGAACGACAUGCGUGUGCUCGACAUCCCCAACCUCGUGUGGUCACGCAUACGCACCACCGGCACGCCGCCAGCCGCCAGAUACGGUCGGUCGAUCGAUCGAUCGAUCCGCCGCUGAGAGAGACACUCGAGACACGACACCAUACUACACUACAAGCGACAACACGCAUGCCUUUCCCUCCCUCCCUCCCUCCCUCCCUGUCUCUCUGUCUCUCUGUCUGUCUGUGUGUGUGUGUGUGUCUGUGUGUCUGUGUCUGCAGGUCACACGAUGAUGCUCUCUGAUGAGGACAUACUCAUAUAUGGCGGGUGGGGCGGCGGCGUCAAGCGCAGGUUCGGUGGCGGGGGCAAGUCGAUAACAGGCGGCAGCACCUCCCGCCCCGCAUCACAGCAGCACUCGCCGCAGCAGUCGACCCACCGGAGGACACCGCCAACCGAGGAAAAGACAGCCGAUGACAUCUCACUCCUCAGACUCGGUGCGUGGUGCGCUGCAGUGCGCUGGCUGGGAGGGAGGCUUGGAUGGGACACCGCAGUGACCGCACCGCAUCCGUCUGCUCUCCGGGCCUUUUGGUGUGUUGUUUGUGCAGGUGAUAUGCGUUGGUGCCGUCCCCCGUUCGUGGGAAGCCUGCCGGCCAUUCGAUACGGCCACUCGUGCACCGUCAUCGGUCCGCACCUCGUGAUUGUGGGCGGCUGGGACGGAGGCAAACCCCUCAACGACAUUCUCGUCUUCAGAGACAGGUAGGUCCCUGCCUACCGUGCCGUACACACCUGGCUGGACGGACGAUGGGUGGUGGGCAUCUGUCUGUGCGUGGCUUGUCGGUUGGUUGGUUGGUGCAGGGCUGUUGACUUCGAAGACUCGAUGAUGGGGCAUCAGGAGCACCCCGAGCGUGAACACGAUGAGGGAGGGGGAGAGUGGGAAGGAGAGGGAGAGGGGGAGGGGGAGGGGGAGGUUGAAAGGGCUGAGGAAGCAGCGGAAGAAAUGCAUGCAGAUGCAGAAGAGGACGCGUGAGUGAGUGAGUGCGCUCUCGAUGGAUUGGACGCUGUUUGUGGUCCUGUGGAUGGAUGGAUGUAUCUAUGUGUUUGUAUGGGAUGGCUGCACGGCACCUGACGUGCUGGCUGACGAAGGAAG